AUGUGUUCAAUAGAUGGUUUUCUUCAUAUGGAAGCUGAAAACAUGCAAAAAAGAAAAAGCAAAAGAAAUACCAUUUCUUGCCAUGAGUAUUAUUGCUACAAACUACAAAUAAGAAAUGAUGAAAAUAUAAUUUUGCAUUCUGGAAGAUUAUUUCAACAAUAUGCAAUAGAUGAAUGGAUUAAAAUUGAAAGCCAGCGAUUAGAUUUCGCUUCACUUAAUCAAGAUUUGUUUAGAAUAGAUAUGUUACGUCAUGGCGAAAGAGAAGCUUCGCAAAAGGGUAGAAAUAGAUAUCUUCCCCACAGCUUUACAGGAGGACCACGAGACAUGCGUCGUCGAUAUAUGGAUGCUAUUGCAUUGGUGCGACAUUUUGGAAAACCUGAUAUAUUUUUUACUAUGACAUGUAAUCCUACAUGGCCUGAAAUAAAAGCUAAUAUCCUACAAACAGAUGAAAAUUCCAAAAAAAGGGGACUUCCACAUGCUCAUUUUCUCAUUAUAUUAGAUGAAAAAUACAAGUUAUUGACUCCUGAAGCAUACGACAAAUAUGUUUGUGCUGAAUUACCAGAUCCUGAUACCAACCCUGAAUUAUAUGCACUUGUUACAAAACAUAUGAUUCACGGUCCUUGUGGUGCAUUAAAUCCAGCAAGUAUGUGUACUAGAAAGAAAGGGUACUACAAGUGUAAGUAUCCAAAAGAGUUUGCUGAACAAACAAGCAAGGGAAAAAAUUCAUAUCCAAUUUAUAAAAGACGAAAUACCGGAAAGAGUGUACAAAUUAGAGAACAUCUAAUUGAUAAUUCAUGGGUUGUUCCUUAUAAUCCAUCUUUACUUUGUAUAUUUAGCUGUCAUAUAAAUGUAGAGAUUUGUUCAGAUAUAAAAGUUAUUAAAUACAUUUAUAAGUACAUCUGCAAAGGACAUGAUAAAAUUGCGUUUAAUGUACAUUCAAAUGAUACAAAUAUAGAAAUUGAUGAAAUAAAAGAAUAUCAAUCUGCUAGAUGGGUAUCGCCACCAGAAGCUACAUGGCGUAUAUUUGCUUUUCAUAUCAGUGAAAUGAUUCCAAGUGUAUAUCACCUUCAAGUACAUUUAGAAGGACAACAAUUUGUUUCCUUCAAAAGUGCUGAUAAAAUUACUAGAAUUCUAAAUAAUCCUACGAUCGGAAAAACAAUGUUGACAGAAUUCUUCUUGAUGAAUGCUGAAGAUGAAGAUGCUAAAAACCUUAAUUUACUAUAUCGAGAAUAUCCAGAAUACUUUGUGUGUUCAACAGAUAAAACAUGGUCCCGUUGCAAGCAAGGAAAAGUUAUUGGUCGUGUUGUAACAUGUCAUCCAACAGAAGGAGAAAGAUAUUAUCUUAGACUUCUACUAAUGAAUGUUAGAGGACCAAAAUCUUAUGAAGAUUUGAGAACUAUAAAUAGAAUAUUAUACAAUACAUUUCGAAAAUCAGCUGAAAAAAGAGGAUUCUUACUUUGCGAUAACAAAUUGAUAGAAUGUAUGUCUGAAGCUAUAAGCUAUCGAACGUCAUACAGUCUGAGGCAUUUAUUUGCUACAUUAUUAAUUUAUUGCAAUCCUACUAAUCCAAGAGAAUUGUGGGAAAAAUUUGAGAAACCAACCAUUAUCUGA